AUGGCCGCUAUUGCCAACCUGUUUAACAAAAUCGCACUCAACCAACCUGCUGGUUACGAACGCAAGAAGAACUACAAAUUCGGUCGAACACUCGGCGCUGGAACCUAUGGCUUGGUUCGUGAAGCGUACGAUAUCAAGCACAAAGAUCAAGUGGCGGUGAAAAUUAUCCCGAAGAAGAAUGUCAAGGGACAUGAGGAUAUGGUUUUUGACGAGAUGGAGUUGUUAAAGAGUCUGCAUCAUCCUAAUAUCGUGGAGUUUCGGGAUUGGUUUGAGAGUCAUACCAAGUUCUAUAUUAUCACGCAGUUAGCUCGCGGUGGUGAACUUUUCGACAGAAUCUGCGAACAGGGCAGAUUUACGGAGUCGGAUGCCGUGCAAGUUGUUCGGGAGAUUCUGGAAGCAGUCGCAUAUCUUCACAGCCAGCACAUCGUGCACCGCGAUCUAAAACCAGAAAACUUGCUUUACCUCACGGAGGAUCCCUACUCACCACUUGUCCUUGCCGACUUUGGUAUCGCCAAGCUCCUCGACGAGUCGCACAACCAGGUUCUCACCUCCAUGGCUGGUUCCUUUGGUUACGCCGCACCUGAGAUCUUGUCUCGAAAGGGUCACAGCUACCCAUGUGAUUUGUGGAGUUUGGGUGUAAUCACGUACACGCUAUUGUGCGGUUACUCGCCUUUCAGAACCGAGGAUCGAGAUGAGUUAAUCAAAGAGACAAUCGCCGCAAACAUCGUCUUCCACGACCGAUACUGGAAAGACGUCUCCUCCGACGCCAAAGACUUUAUCAAAUCCCUCCUCAACCCAACCCCCUCCCAACGUCCUUCCGCUGCCGAGGCACUCAAGCACCGCUGGUUGACCGGCGAGACGGCCAACGACCAGACCGAUCUGUUGCCAUCCGUCAGAGCCGGUCUUUCCGCCCGCCGCAAGUUCAAACGCGCAAUCGAAGCCAUCCGCUUGCAAAACAAGAUCAAGGCACUCGCCGCCGCCGAUAUGUCCGACUCAGAAGAAGACCGUUCUGGAGGACGAUCCGGUCGUAGUAGUGCCGCCGUCAGUCGCGAAACGAGUCCAGAAAGAUAUGGUCGACCUCCUGCGGGAAGGCCAAAGAGCGAGAGGGGUAGUGUGUUUGCUGAGGUUGUGAAGGCCAAGUUAAGGGAUGCUAAGGACGAGCAGGAGGAGAGGGCGAGAUCGGACCAGCCAAACCAAGAGGAACAGGCUUCUUGA